AACCAGAGAAAUCCCUACUGUCUAAAGGCCUAAAUUUUGCAGUAGCCCCUAACAAGAUCCCCAGCAUCGACAUUGUCACAGAAACUGAGUCAGCAAUCCACCGGGCCCGUUUGCCACAGAGACAGGCUGAAGCCUUACGCGCCAAAGUAGCUACCACCUUGAAAGUUUCGAAACCCCCUCCCAGCAACAUCACUCGGGAAGAACAAAUUGCUCUCAAAGAUUUGGCCACCAAUCAAGACAUAGUAAUUCUGCCGGCAGACAAGGGGAGAUGCACAGUAGUCUUAGACAGGGAACAGUACGACAGAAAGGUACAAGAUCUAUUAGGGGACAAAAACACCUACGCGCCUUUGAAGAAGGACCCCACCUCCCAGUUUAAAGGGAAAAUCAUCACGGCUCUCAAGGAAUUGGAAGACAAGGAAAAAAAGAUUGACCGUGCCACCUAUCUAAAACUCUACCCCACUGCGGAACAACCCCCAACCUUCUACGGCCUUCCCAAAAUCCACAAACAGGAUGUCCCCCUACGCCCCAUUGUGUCCAGCAUAGGUUCUGUCACGUACGAGUUAUCAAAAUUUCUAGCUAAGAUCCUGGGACCUUUAGUGGGGAAGUCUCAACAUCACGUUCAGAAUAGUGCAGACUUCGUUGACAAAAUCAAAGAUCUCCGGGUAGAAGAAGAUGAAAUCAUCACUUCUUACGAUGUCUGUUCGCUUUUCACUUGCAUACCCCCUAAGGACGCAGUCUCGGUAGUCAAGGAAGCCCUGGAGGCUGACAACACACUAACAGACAGAACCAAGCUAUCUCCAGACCAACUGUGCAAACUGCUAGACCUUUGCCUAGGGUGUACGUAUUUCUCUUUCAAAGGACAGUUCUACCAACAACUGCACGGCUGUGCUAUGGGAUCACCAGUGUCACCCAUUGUUGUAAACCUCUACAUGGAAAAGUUUGAAGUGAAGGCUAUCAGUACUUUCAAGGACACUCCCCCACUCAACUGGUUCCGCUAUGUAGAUGACACUUAUUGCAAGCUAAAACAGAGAGUAGCUGAUGAGUUCUUUGACCACAUCAACCAAGUAGAUAAGAACAUCAAGUUCACACAGGAGUCAAGUCAUGACAACAUGCUCCCCUUCCUAGAUACCAAAACUAUCAUAGAGAAGGACGGCAGCCUUCAGUUCGAAGUGUACAGGAAACCGACGCACACUGACCAAUAUCUGGCCUUUGACUCUCACCACCCUUUGGAACACAAACUGGCA